UUUAGCCAGUCAGUCGCAUAUAUACAUGUCCCUCAUAUCACAAAAACUUGUCAUAAACAGCAACAUGUUGUGGAUACUAGUGCUAAUCGCGUUAAUAAACAACAUCGACAGUCGGGCAGUGAAAAAACCAAUUUCAAUCGAAGACAAUGAAAGCAGUGAGAAUUUCGCAAGCUCUCUGUAUAUUUGCGAAAAGUACAACAGCACCAAUGCCCUAAAUUUGGAAGGCCAAGUAUCACUUGUCAUGAGAUUAACGUCCUGACAAUUCUACGUACGCCAAGCCUUGAUGCUUAACAAGCUGGAGGCUCGGUUCCGUUUAGCUGGUUAUAACAACAUCCACUUUAUUAUCAUAUCAACCCAUUCAAAUAGCACCCAUCAGGAUGAGCCGAUUGUAGUGAAUAAAAGUCGGAAGUCCAAUCGAACGAUGAAUAUUUCCGACAACUUGAAGAACGUGGCCAGUAAUGUAACAGUUUUGAAUGUCGAUGCUGACAGUGACGAUGAAUUGUAUAGUGACUUUCAAGUGGGUUCGGCUUAUGUGUUUGAUCAGUGUGCCCGUUUAGCAUACAUCAUUUAUUAUCCGUGGAGUUCCAUCCAGCGGCCGUACGUUAAGGCAUCUAUAUUGUCGACUGUUUAUGAUGCUCCUUGUGGCGAAUGUGAAAUCAAGAAUUUGCAGAGCCCAUAUCCCUAUCCAGACUUGUCAGUGGCCAGCAGUUCGGGGGUGGUGUCAGUUGUUGCUAGUCCUCAACCGAACAUUUUUACCAGUAGCGAUCCUACUUUAACCACUACGUCAGAGCCCACAACAGAUCGUUCAGACAACAUUACCGGAAUAUUUUUAAUAUCUAAGCCGGAUGAUCAACUGUUCAAUGCUAGCUCAACGGAAGAGAUAAAUAGUUCGGACGACGAUGCGUACAUCAUACCGAUAAAAGUGAUUUUACACGCUGAACAUGUCCAUCAGUCACCUGACGACAAUGGAACAUUUUUGAAAUUCAAUUACAUCUUGAUGCGAACCAAUGACACAUCAUACCAUGGACACUUCGAUACAGACGAGAAUGCUGAACGGUUGAAAUUGUUUAGAAAUGAAGACAACCGUACAGACAUCCAAUUUAACAGCACGUCAGAACCGGACGAUUCAAGCACGGCACCGAGCAGUUCGAUAUCACCAUUGGAUGUUUUCGUAAACGAGAAUGGAGAUCAGUAUGAUCGCUUAAAUGAGCAAAUAAUUGUAAAUGAAGAUGGCGUUGUCGUCAGUCGAUACAAUGAGAUCGCAUGGAAACGACAAAAUGAUCACGAAGUGACUGCACAGCCGAAAGAUACUAUUGGUCAGGACGAGAGCGGAGAUAGAGCAAUGUCGUCAGAAAUCGAUCAGGAGAAUGAUCGUCAUUACAGUCAAAUAUUACCAUGGAUUCAUUUCAAUUUAUAAUUUAUAAUUGUAGAUGAACUUAGUAGUUUGAAUAGACAGUUGAACUUUUAAUCGAGUUUGUCUGUUACAAAAUUUGAGAAGCGUAGGUUUUUCCUGUAUUCACGCUGUAAGUGCGGUCGAAAUUAAAAAUGGAAAGAGUGGAGGUCUUUCUAACGUAGCGUCAUUUUCAUACAC